AUGGAGGGAGAUCGUGACCGUCUUCCACCAUUCGACACGUCCGGACCCCCAUCUCAAGUGGCUCUGAGGUGGACAAAAUGGGUUCGAGCCUUUGACUAUUAUUUGACGGGAAAGGACAUUACGAACAAGAAGCGUUCAAAAGCACUGCUCUUGCACUUCGCGGGUCUAGAAGUUCAGGAUUUAUUCGAGGACCUAUCCGACCCAGAUGACAGCCUUCCACCAGAUCAGAGAACACAGAAUGACAAUGAGUUCCUCAAGUGCAAGCGUACCUUGCAAGCUCAUUUCGGUGCUCCUGCAAACCCUACGUAUGAGAGGCACGUCUUCCGUCAACUCACUCGCCGGCAGGGAGAGUCCACAGUGCAGUACUGCACCAAGCUUCGGCAGCAAGCUCGGCUUUGUUCUUUCGAGAAUGAAGGACAAACUGCGGAAGCUAUACGUGACCAGAUCGUAGCCACAGUCGACAGCAGUGAGCUGAAGAAGAAGCUCCUGUCAGAACCAGCCCUGACUCUGCCACGAGCGUUGGAAAUGUGCAGAAUUUGGGAGGACGCCCAGUCCCAGUCGGAAGGAAUGUCCUCAACCACUUCUACUUCGUCUGGUACCGGUUAUACCGGGAGUAGUAGUAUGCUUGUCAAUGCCGUGCACCACCGAGACCAGAGUCACAGGCAAGCUGGACGGGGUGGAUUUGUGCAGCCAUCGCGUGGCCAGUCACGUAAAUGCGGUGGAUGUGGAGACCAGUGGCACGAGAAGCGCGAGUCAUGCCCAGCUUGGGGCAAGUCGUGCCGGAAGUGUAGGAAGCCAAACCACUUCGCCAAAGUUUGCCGUUCACAGCAGUCCAGCACUGGUGGCAGUGUACACAUGGUUGGCCAGUCUCAAGAAGUACAUGGAACGUCGCCAGUCAACCCUGCUCCUGCUCCAAGUCAUAGUGCAAGUGCUGGUACUGGUGCGAGUGUUGCAUCCGGUCCUACAACUGCAAGUCCGUACAGCAGCGGCCUGGACGAGUACUAUUCGUUGUACCGCACGCAGAGUGACAAGGACCGCGUGGACCCGUACUGUUGUACCCUCCAGUUAUGUAAACAGCCAGUCGUGUUUGAACACACGGGUGCAGCCGUGACGGUGAUGUCUGAAAACGAAUUUCAUCGGCUGGCAUCCAAGGUCAAUUUGUCGCUCGACACAAGUGAUCUGCCGAAGCUGCGUACUUACUCCGGCGGAAUUCUGAAUGUCGUCGGUCGCUUUAGUGCUUCUGCGACCCAUGCUUCUCGUAAAUCAGCAGAAUUGUCGAUCGUCGUUGUCCAAGGAAACGGACCAAAUCUCCUGGGUCGAGACGCGUUGCAACUGCUGAGGUUGAAUUGGAACUUCGUGUUCAACGUGUCACGCGAGCACUCGAUAUUGUCAGAGUUCCCGCAGCUCUUCCAACGUAGCAUGGGCACCUGGAAACAUGGAAAAGUCAAAUUGUCCGUGGCAGACAGCGCCAGACCCCGGUUCCUGAAGGCACGCUCUGUUCCUUAUGCGUUACAAGCAGCAGUGGAAAAAGAGCUGAGUCGACUGGAGGAAGCUGGCAUCAUUAGUCCUGUCCAGUAUUCGGAGUGGGCAGCUCCAAUCGUACCCGUUCUCAAGCGGAACGGUAGCAUACGAAUCUGUGGCGAUUAUAAAUGUACUAUCAACCAGUCGGCAAGAGUAGACAAGUACCCCUUGCCCAACAUCGACGACUUGUAUCAGAAGUUAUCGCAAGGCGCAUUCUUCUCCAAGCUUGACCUGAAACAUGCUUAUCAACAACUGUUGCUCGACGACGAGUCUAAGCUGCUGACGACAAUCAACACCUCCAAAGGAUUGUUCGUCUACAACCGCCUACCCUUUGGCGUGUCGGCGGCCCCGGCAAUAUUUCAGCGCACGAUGGAACAAUUGUUAGCAGGUCUGUCCUUUGUCGUAGUGUAUCUCGACGACAUUGUUGUUUCUGGAAAGACUCGUGCGGAGCAUGAUGAGAAUCUGAGGCUGGUCCUGGAUCGUCUAGCGUCCGCGGGUCUCAGGUUGAAUCGUGAGAAGUGUCUCGUGGCUCAGCAGUCUAUUGAGUUCCUGGGCCAUGUUAUUGAUUCAGUCGGCAUUAGGCCGUCGGCUGAGAAAGUGGAUGACCUUGUGAAGGCCCCACAGCCCAAGAAUGUCCCUGAACUGAGAAGCUUUCUGGGACUCAUAAACUAUUACCACAAGUUCAUCGAGAAUCUAAGCUCAGUGUUAGCUCCAUUGUAUGAAUUGUUAUCAUCAAAGUCGUGGUGUUGGUCUGAUAGUCACCAGAAAGCGUUUGAUACAGUUCUGUCGCAUGUUCUGCCAGAUGGGUCUGAUCGGCCAGUAGCCUUUGCAUCUAGAACGCUGUCGUCUUGUGAGAAGAAUUACUCGCAGCUUGACCGUGAGGCCUUGGCAAUGGUAUUUGGCGUCUCCAAGUUCCACAAGUACAUCUUCGGUCGCAACUUUACACUACAAACAGAUCAUAAGCCACUGCUGGGAUUGUUUGAUCCUGCUAGACCCAUUCCUGUUCAGUCUAGUGGUCGUAUUCAGCGAUGGGCACUCAAACUAGCCAAUUAUGAAUUUGUUCUGGAGUACAAGCCUGGGAAACAGAACGGUUGCGCUGAUGGGUUGAGUCGCCUCCCCAAUCCGGCGCUGGUACCGGAACCGCCGCAGCCAGCCGAGGCUGUACUAUCGCUAUCCGUCUUGAACACUACACCGGUUACGUCUGCAUCGGUUGCUCGCUGGACGAGCAAAGAUCCGUCCCUGGCAUUAGUAUACAAGUUCGUGUCUGAGGGCUGGCCCCAAGACAUUCCAGAGGGAUUAGAGCCAUAUUCCCGUCGUCGCAGUGAGCUGUCUGUCUUGAAUAACUGUAUCCUAAUUGGUUCCAGGGUAGUUAUUCCUUCACCGGGUCGUGCACCAUUGCUGGACGAGUUGCACGCCGGUCAUCCCGGUAUCGCUAGAAUGAAAGCCCUGGCACGCAGCUAUGUCUGGUGGCCGUCUCUCGAUGCAGAAAUCGAACAGACCGUCCGUGGUUGCACGCAGUGCCAGACCGUCACCAAGUCGCCGCAUCGCCAGCAAGUCCACCCAUGGGAAUGGCCUGGUAAGCCUUGGUUACGUGUCCAUGUCGACUUUGCUGGACCCAUCGCUGGUAAGAUGCUCUUCAUUAUUGUCGAUAGUCAUAGUAAAUUUAUUGAAGCACAUGUUCGCUCUGGCUCAUCUGCUGCUGUCGCAAUUCGCAAGCUGGAGCAGACCUUUGCUCUGCUUGGCUUACCUUAUAAUAUUGUUUCUGACAAUGGCCCUGCUUUUGCAAGUAGUGAAUUUCGUGAGUUUUGCUCAUCUAAUGGCAUACGUCACACUCUCGUUUCACCAUAUCAUCCGCCUAGUAAUGGCUUAGCCGAGCGCGCAGUACAGACGGUGAAGUCUGGCUUGGCCAAGAUGUCUGGCCCUGAUUUGGAAACCCGCCUUGCCAGGUUCCUGUUCCAAUACAGAAUGACGCCGCAGUCAACAACAGGUCGUUCUCCGUUUGAGCUACUUUGGAAGGAACAUCGUCCCCGCUCACGUCUGGAUCUCGUGUUCCCGGACAGCGGCAAGAAAGUCUUGGACAAACAGUGCACUGCCCAUGAUCGUGGUGGUGCAAAUGCAUACCAGUUCUAUUGUGGUGAUGCCGUCUGGGCAAUGAAUUUCAACUCCUCACCGAAGUGGAUAGCUGGCACCGUGGAAGAACAGCUUGGUCCUCUAACAUUCACGGUUCGUCUUGUUGAUAACAGAGUCUGGAAGCGUCACUCUGACCACCUGAAGAAACGCCUUCCUGCUGAGUCGGUGCAAGAUGCUUCAACUGCUACGUCAGCACCACAGCUUCCAUAUUCCAGAGCUUUACCUUCUACCACAGCUCUACCGUCUUCAACUGCUCUACCUAGUGUUCCGCCGAAUGAGUCUAUGUCACUGCCUGGCUCAAUUGUACAUGAUGAGAUCCGUGAGAAUGCUGAUUUAUCUGUUCCUGAAUCUACUCCUAACCAGUCUAGUGGUUCUAGUCCUGUCGUGUCUAUGCGCAGUUCUUCUCGUUCUGUAAAGGCUCCUGUCGGCCUUGAUCUGUAG